UUUUUCUUCUUUCUUUCGUUUUAUCAUCAAAAUAUCAAUUAUGUGUACCUCUACUAAAGAAAUGACCGUUGCCAGCUGGCAAAAUGUUGGCGCUAUCGACUUAAUGAAUAAGGCUGUUCCUGUUGUAAAGCCUGGAGAGGUUUUAGUAAGAGUUGCUGCCUCUGGUAUUUGUGGUACUGACUUACAUAUUAGUCGUGGUGAGACUCCUCAUGCUUCCAAGAAAGUUGUUAUUGGUCACGAAUUCUCGGGUUAUGUUGAGCAAAUCCACCCUGACACGAAAGCACUUGUUAAGGUUGGUGACUUGGUAGCGAUUGAUCCCAAUAUGCCAUGCAAUCAAUGUACCUUUUGUCGUAACCAGAAAUAUCACUUGUGUCCCAACUUGUUCUGUAUUGGCGUUACUGUAGAUGGUGGUAUGUCUCAGUACGUGUCUGUCCCUGCUCGUGCUGUUAUUGCUGUUCCCUCUAACGUGACACCUGAAGUUGCCUCUUUGGCUGAACCUCUCUCUUGUGUAGUCCAUGCUGUUGAUCAAGGUAAGAUUAAGACUGGAGAUUCAGUGCUUGUCAUUGGCGCUGGUCCUAUCGGUUUAAUGGCAAUUGCCCUUGCAUCUACCAGUGGCGGAAGAGUCACCGUCAUCGAACCAAGUGAGAUGAGACGUCAAAAGGCACUUGACGUAUUUGGUGCUUCUGAAGUAUACGCCCCAGGUACACUUGCCCCUGUAGAUGGUACUCUUGGUGAAGGAUAUGAUGUAGUGUUUGAGUGUGUCGGUCGUCCUAACACUGCUGAAGAUGCUGUCAACUUUGCAAAGGCUGGUGGUACUGUCGUUUGGGUUGGUGUUGCCAAGGUCGAGGACCGUGUUUCUAUCUCUCCUUUUGAUAUCUAUAGAAAGGAAUUAACAAUCACCUCUACAUACACAAACCCUUAUGGUAUUGAACGUGCUGUUAAAGUAUUGGCAGCAAACAAGGUUGAUUGGAGUGCCUUAGUCAGUCACUCUUUCAAAUUAAGCGAGUUUGAUGAUGCAUGGAAGGUGUUUUUGACCGGUGCUGGAUUAAAGGUUGUUAUUAAGCCAUAGGCUGUCCUCUUCAAAGGCAUUUGUAUAGUAAUAAAGUAUAUCAAUAAAGUAUAUCAACAACAACAAUAAAAAGGAUUCUUCUUUCAAGAAGAUUAACG